AUGCUCCCCUCUGGAGUCCGACACAAGGCGACGUCGGCCCGGACCCGGCGCGCCCUUCGAAUUGGCCCGCACGGUUCGUUCAUCAGCCCUGACGGGAGCCCCGCCGACCGCGCCACCCGCCCGACAGCAGACCACAUCAUCUACAACCCGCCAGCCUCUGCUGCCUCCGUCCUCCACACGCCAUUCAAGUUCCUGCCGACCAACGACCCCCGUCGGCGUGCCAAUCUCGCCUCUGAACUUUUCUCCGUCUCCCACCCCGCGUCCGCCUCACCAUUACGACCCUCCCCGGCUUCUGCAGCACCUACACCUACAUCUUCAACAACAGAAACAUCACAAGCCCCGCCAGAUCCAACAGUCACGUCCACGGGAAUCUCUCCCGAAAGCUUCCCCGCAUUGGGCAAGCGCAAUGGCGAGCCCCUGUACAAGCCACAACACCAUCUGACCAAGGAAGACAUAGAGGAGAUGCGGAGAUUGCGCACCGAAGACCCCGUAACCAACAGUGUGCUGACGCUGGCCAAGCGGUUUAAGUGUAGCAAGCUGUUUGUGCUUAUGGUGUGCCAGGCGCCGCGUGGCCACAAGGAGAAGAUUGACGCCCAGCUGACGGCGACCAAGGAGCGCUGGGGUCCGCGCCGGCGGGCCGCUCGUGAGGAACGGGCUGCGCGGCUUGGGUUACUGUUUAACGGUCAACUUUGA